CAAACAGCAUUCGUACACUUGCAGCGUAGUACACAGCAACAACAUGUUCAAAUUCAUCAUCCUCGCCGUCUUCGUCGCCGCCGCUAGCGCUGGCUAUGCUCCCGAACUCUACUCGGCGCCUUUGGCCCACGCCGCUUAUGCCGCUCCUGUUGCACAUGCCGCAUAUGCCGCACCUAUCGCCACCGCCGCGUACGCCGCCCCAGUGGCUCACGCCGCCUAUGCCGCCCCAGUGGCUCACGCCGCCUAUGCCGCCCCAGUAGCUCACGCUGCCUACGCUGCUCCAUUGGCCCACGCUACCUCUUACCAAAGCUCCGUAAAGAUCUCCCACCCCGUCGCCGUUAAAGCCGUCGCCCCAGUAGCCCACGCCGCCUACGCCGCCCCAGUCGCCUCCUACGCCGCCCCGUACGCCCACGCCAUCCACGCCGCCCCAGCAAUCUCCUACGCCGCACCCGCACCCAUCAUCAAGGCUGCUCCAAUUGUGCACGCCGCCCCCGCCCUCUCGUACCAUGCCGCCCCGGCACUCCCCUACGCCGCCGCCUCGUACGGUUUGGGAUACGGCGCUCACGGUUACGGAUUGGGAGGACUCGUCAAGUCCUGGUAAAUUCGUACCUAUUCUCUAAUUCAAAAAUAUUUAUUUAUUUUUUAUGAGAUGAUACAUUGUUAAUAAAUA